CCACAUUGAGGUCCCUGCUUUCCUGAGGUGGCCUACCUCCUCCCCAACUUCAGCAUCCAUCCGGCAGCCUGCCUGAGCUGUGGGGAGGACCUGGGAUUCUGAGGUGGAACCGGGGUGCACGGUGGCUGCUGGUGUGGGGGAGCUGCCUGUUCUUACCCUGACCAGAGACCUGUCACUCACUGGCUGGGGGACAGCAAGAGACCCCAGCCUAAGGGGAGGCUCUACUUGGGAUUAUGUUUCAACACCUGUCCCAGGUGCUUACUUGGCUGGUGUUCUGGGACGCGGAGCAGAGGCAGCCCAUGGUGGGACUGGGUGGAAGACCCUGGUUACCCCCGCAGGUGCCUCCUGCCAUCAGUCAUUCCAUGCAAGACAGAGCUUCCACACCAAGGUUUCUCCCAGAGCAUCAGUGCUGUUCCUGGGAGGCAUGGGGAGUUACCUGCUCUGCUCAGGCCGGACCCAGAAGGUCUGGGAUCAGACUAAGAAAAAUAUUUUUUUUAUUGAUUUCAGAAAAAAAGGGAGCAGGGGGAGAUAGAAACAUCAAUGAUUGAUGAAUCAUUGAUUGGCUACCUCCUGCACUCCCCACACUGGGAAUCGCCCCCAACCCUGGGCAAAUGCCCUGACUGGGAAUCAAACUGGAACCUCCUGGUUCAAAGGGCAACACUCAACCACUGAGCCACACCAGCCAGGGGAGAGGGUAAGACUCUUGAAGUCGAACUGCCACUGUCCUGCUAUUCCAGCUGCUGAGGUGUGGUGCUCACUUGAGCUCUAUCCUGAGGCCCAGCUGCUAGGACUGACCGCUCCAUGGCUGGGGGUUCCGAGUGCUGCUCUGAGGGGCUGCUGUGGUGACAUUCCUAGUCUGUAACCCCUUGUUGGAGGGGUCUGCCUGCCUACCCAGGAAAUAGGGCCUCCUGUCUCAGCUGCAGCCUUGUCCCUUGCGGGCUCUGCCUGGGCUCCCCGCUGCCCUCUGGGGUUGUAGUCUCCACUGUCACUAUCCAGCAUGUGGCUGCAGGGGCUCCAGUGGAAGACGUGUGCUGGGGCUGGUCUGCAAAGAGCAUGCAGGCGCCUCUCCUCUCUACCCGUCACUAACAGCCCUGUCAGCCUCGGCACCCAUCUGCGGGGCCUUUUGCUGCCCGACUGCAGAUGGACCAGCACCCUGGCAGGCAGCCGUUUUCAGGGAGCCCCGGCCCGGGGAGUCACAGGUAGCGGGGUGGUCCGGGGAGGCUUCCCCAAGGAGGUGGUGUGGGCGCUGAGGCCCCGUCCCGGGAGAAGGGAUGCGCCAGGGGCUUGGCUGCCGCCUGCAGCUGUUUCCCACGACUGUCCCCUCUUCGUAGUAGAGAGCUCUGCCAGGGUGCGGGGGCGAGGCUGGGGAAGCCUGCAUGUGGUGAGCGGGUGAGGAGGCUGGGGCGCUGGUCGGGCCAUCACCAUCCUGGAGCGCGUCCGCGUGCAGGGCACGCGCGUGUUCCGGCCACGCGUGCGGCGGGGGCGGGCGGCUCGGUGACGCGGCGCCAGGCAGAGCGGGCGGAGCGCACGGGCCGGGGCGGAGCGGAGUCAUCCGCAGAGCAGCCCCUCCCGGCCGCGGCCGUCGACCCCGGACCCGGCCCGGCUCUAUGGACAGGAGCUCGCUGCUGCAGCUUAUCCAGGAGCAGCAGCUGGACCCUGAGAACACGGGCUUCAUCGGUGCAGACACCUUCACUGGCUUGGUGCACAGCCAUGAGCUACCCCUGGAUCCAGCCAAGCUGGACAUGCUGGUGGCCCUGGCCCAGAGCAAUGAGCGGGGCCAGGUCUGCUACCAGGAGCUGGUGGACCUGAUCAGCAGCAAGCGCUCAAGCAGCUUUAAGCGGGCCAUCGCCAAUGGACAGCGGGCACUGCCCCGGGAGGGGCUGCUAGACGAGCCGGGCCUGGGUGUCUAUAAGCGGUUUGUGCGCUACGUGGCCUACGAGAUCUUGCCCCGAGAGGUGGACCGCCACUGGUACUUCUACCGGCACCGAAGCUGCCCACCCCCUGUGUUUAUGGCCUCGGUCACUCUGGCCCAGAUCAUCGUGUUCCUGUGCUAUGGGGCCCGUCUCAACAAGUGGGUGCUGCAGACCUACCACCCUGAGUACAUGAAGAGCCCUCUUGUAUACCACCCCGGGCACCGGGCGCGGGCCUGGCGCUUCCUCACCUACAUGUUCAUGCAUGUUGGGCUGGAGCAGCUGGGGUUCAACGCACUCCUACAGCUGAUGAUUGGGGUGCCCCUGGAAAUGGUGCACGGCCUGCUCCGCAUCAGCCUGCUCUACCUGGCUGGCGUGCUGGCAGGCUCCCUGACUGUCUCCAUUACUGACAUGCGGGCCCCUGUGGUGGGGGGCUCUGGCGGAGUCUACGCCCUGUGCUCUGCACACCUGGCCAAUGUCGUCAUGAACUGGGCUGGGAUGAGGUGUCCCUACAAGCUGCUGAGAAUGGUGCUGGCCCUGGUGUGCAUGAGCUCCGAGGUGGGCCGGGCUGUGUGGCUGCGCUUCUCCCCGCCACUGCCCGCCUCGGGCCCACAGCCCAGCUUCAUGGCGCACUUGGCUGGUGCGGUGGUGGGGGUCAGCAUGGGCCUGACCAUCCUGCGCAGUUAUGAGGAACGCCUUCGGGACCAGUGCGGCUGGUGGGUGGUGCUGCUUGCCUACGGCACCUUCCUGCUCUUCGCCAUCUUCUGGAAUAUCUUCGCCUAUGACCUGCUGGGUGCCCAUAUUCCUCCACCACCCUGAGGAGCUCCUGGGGGGCCACACGGGCCAGGGCGUGGCCUGCAUGUCCACCUUCUGUGAAAGUAUGUCUUAAGACUGCUUCUCCCGUGAGGGCAGGUGGCCCCUGUGGCCUACUGAGUCCAAGCCAAGCCUUACACCAGCCCUGGCCCCCCUCCGAGGCCUGGGGGUGUUAGGACUGCUGGGCCAGGCUGGGUGGUGGAGGUCCCAAGGGUGGUCCCAGAGGAGACCCUGUCCUGGUCUCCCUCCAUGACUUGCAGUCUGAGCCUUUUUGGAGAAUAAAUAAAUAUUUUACACAACA